GGUAAACGAAGGCGUGCACAUCUCAACCAUAAAGCAUUGUUGUUACAGUUUGCUGAAGUGUCAAAUGAUGUUGAAAUUGUUAUUAUAAUGUUUAUUAAAACGUUAUUAUUUCACGAAAAGUGGUAAAGAAAAUGUAAUUUGAUAUACCACGACCCUUCACAAAUCCCAACGAAUCGAUAAGAAGAAUUUGCGAUGACAACACCUAUGUGUGAAGAUGGAGGCCCUUUGAGAGAAUGGGCUCCUCUUGCUAUACUUCUUCAACAAAUACCUGCUAAAAUUCAGAAUGGACUUUUUACUCAUAAUAUUAACUUUACCUGUAUCGAUGCAGUGCCUGAAUUUUUAGCCAUUGGAACCAAUUAUGGGUUGGUAUAUUGGUUUAACAGAGAGAAACAAGAUUUGCAAAGACUUAGAUGUGAGAAUGUAAACUCAAAGAUCACAUGUAUUCAAGUAAUAUCAACCGUGGACUACAUGGUUGCAGCAGGUAAUGAACAUGGUGGUGUAACUGUAUUCCAAAUACCCAAAAAUCCCCCAGAUUCAUUGCCAGAUAGUCUGAAACCCAAGCAAAAGAAGCAGGUGGAAAGAUAUAGUAUUAGUGGUUUGCAUAAUAGUGCAGUCACAACAGUUGAAUGGUCUAAAAAUGGCAUGAAACUAUUUAGCGGAGAUAAGAAUGGUUUAGUAGUGUUGACUGAAAUUGACUUUUACAUGCAUUUAUCAAAAUCAUCGGAGUUGCUCAAUGAGAAGUAUGCAGUGGUACAGUUGAGUUAUCAACAAGGUUUAUUAUUGGUUUCAACAACAUUACGCACAAUACUGGUAAACAGAAAUGAGAAUGGAAAAGUGACACAAGUUGGUCAGAAAGAACGCAAAACAUUAGGGAAACUAGGAGCUGUGUUCGGUUCUAGACAAAAUUAUGUACAAGAUUUAAUGAUCUAUGCAAGCAGGGCAGGGCUACGUUUAUGGCAAGCUGACAAAACUGGAACUGUACUGAAAACACUUAUCUUUAAGGAUGCUAUUCGAUCUGGUCACACAGAAGUAGAACUUCUAAACCCAGCACCGGAGAGCUCUAAAAAAAAUCGUGGGGAACCGACAUUUGGUGUAAUUUUACCAUUUUGUGAUGAUUUGUUAAUCACAUAUAGCGAUGAUAUUAUAUAUGUAGUAAAUCCUCAAACUAUUGCUAUAACAUCUAUUGUAACUGACUUACGUCGUGUUACUGAUGUUGCCUGCACUAAAGAUGAAAUAUUUGUUCUGGAAGGAGAAAGGAACAUUAUGCGCAUAGCAUAUUACCCUGAAACUAAUAUGUUCUCAGCAGAAGCGAAAAGUACUUUGGAUCCAUUAUCAUCAUUUGCAGAAAUCAGUAAACCAGUGACCAAUGGUAUUCUAGAAUUAACUUCUAAAUUGAAGGAAAGCGCGAUAGUACCAGCCAUUCCUUUUCACAAAAUUAAUCCAACCAAUAUCAUUCAGUCUGUUGGUAUUGUACCAGUCGUUACAGCUGAUACUGAUGCGGCUUCAAUUGUACAUGCAGAGGAAGCUGUAGAAGUACCAAUAAGUUUGCACACUUCUUCAAUAACAGAUAGUAGCGAUAUGACGGAGCAGAAUGAUGCUUCUAAAACAAUGAAUGUCGAACAACCGGACAAACACAAUGAUAGAAGGCAGAUAUUUCAAAAGAUUAGUCAACAAGGGUUUGAAGAUAUCGUCUUCACUCCAGAAAGAAAAAUUAAGAAAUCGCGUAAUAGAGUAAUGAAUGGAAAUGAAAAUUGUUCGUCUGUGUGUGAUGUUGAUGACAUGUCUACUUUCAAUAAGGAUAAAAUAAAUGCUAACGAUGCAAAGACAACGCAUUCCUCGUUACUAACGCUUAGCGUUGACGACGAUUUCAUAUUGAAGACUGAAAGAAACCAUGAAUCAAUUCAGCACGAUGUAGAAAACAAAGAAAAACUGUUGGCUGAUAUUUUGGACUUUGAUUUAUCAAAGUAUAUGACGACUAGUCAAACUACUACUAGUAAUUCAAAUAUUUCUCAGUGUAUUGAUACACUUACGUAUAUCGAUUGUAAGAUACAUUCCAAUGAGUCUUCAACGGAAGAAAGAAAUAAUGAGCAAGAUGUGUAUAACGAGCAUAGCGAUCAUACAGAAACCGAAUCCGGUGAUGAAGACGUCAGUUAUACAACAGAGAUAAAAAAGUUAGAAGCUUUAGGCGAAUGUAGGAAAAAGCUUUUGCAAGACAAGUUAAGUGAUCCUUUAUUAAACAGCAAUUAUGUUGAUACGCGAAAAGUACCGCAUACAGUAGAUGUGGAUAGGCAGGAGUUAGAAGUUCAGUUGCAUAUUUUAUCAAAAGAAUCAAUUAUAUCGACUGUGCUUGAGGAGGAGGAUUGGGUCCUAGUGAAAAAUGACAUACUAUAAAGAGUAAACUAUUUCGUGCACGAACUAUUUCAAUUUUAAUUCAUAGCUUAUGAAUAGCAAGUUCUAUAAAGAUGUGAGUUCACUUUGUUUUUGUAUAUCCGAUUC